AUCUCCCGGCGGGCAGCGCGCCCCAAACGGCCGCCGGGCGCUCGUGACCACCAGGCGACCAAUCACGUGCGGCCCGGGGCCUUUACCCGCCCCCGCCCCGCCCCGCGGUGCGUCCGCGAUCCGAGCGCUCUAAGAUGGCGGCGGUGGAGCCGGAAACCACUCCCAACCCCCAACCUGCAGAAGAGGAGAAAACCGAGCCAGCACCUAGUCAGGAGGUUGCCAGCCCUGAACAGUAUAUUAAACAUCCACUACAAAACAGAUGGGCACUCUGGUUUUUUAAAAAUGACAAGAGCAAAACUUGGCAAGCAAAUCUUCGUCUUAUCUCAAAGUUUGAUACUGUUGAGGAUUUUUGGGCUUUAUACAACCAUAUCCAGCUCUCUAGUAAUUUAAUGCCUGGCUGUGACUACUCGCUCUUUAAGGAUGGGAUUGAGCCCAUGUGGGAAGAUGAGAAGAACAAGCGAGGAGGCCGAUGGCUAAUUACACUAAACAAGCAGCAGAGACGAAGUGACCUUGAUCGCUUCUGGCUAGAGACACUGCUGUGCCUUAUUGGGGAGUCAUUCGAUGACUACAGCGAUGAUGUGUGUGGUGCUGUUGUCAACGUUAGAACUAAGGGUGAUAAAAUAGCAAUAUGGACAACUGAAUGUGAAAACAGGGAUGCUGUUACGCAUAUAGGGAGAGUAUACAAGGAAAGAUUAGGACUUCCUCCAAAGAUAGUGAUUGGUUAUCAGUCCCAUGCAGACACAGCUACUAAGAGCGGCUCCACCACUAAAAAUAGGUUUGUUGUUUAAGGCGACACCUUCUGAGUAUUCUUUCAUAGGAGACUGCGUCAAGCAAUCGAGAUUGGGAGCUGAACCAAAGCCUCUUCAAAAGCAGAGUGGACUACAUUUAAAUUUGAUUUCCAUCUAAAUGUUGCUAAGAUUUGUGAGAAGUCUCAUUCGCCUUUGUCUUCUACUUCUAUGUUCAAUUUUUCUAUUUUGGCCGAAGUAACCGUUACCAAUCGGAAUUUUAGCACACUUCACCCCCCAAAUCCAUACGUGUGUUUCUGGCCCACUCUGUAAUAGCUUGGUAGAAACAUUACUAUUGCAAAAAAGUAAUUUGUUUAUCUACAGUAUUCAGAAAAGAAGUUGCAUUUCUGUACCUGCAGGAAAUUACUCUGUUUUACAUUUGCAUUGUAUGCAGUAAGAUUUUGCUGGUUUGGAAAAGAGUAUGGUGCAUACAGUUUUCUAGCAAUUUUUUUAUACAGCAUCAUCUUUGCUGUAACCUCUGCUGAUGGCUGCUAGAUUAAUUUAUUUCUUUUCCCUAUUUGAUAACAUUAGUGAUAUUUUGAUUUCAGUUGUUUUUGCUCAUGUAACAUUUGGUGAAGAAUCUGGGAGUAUGACAAAGGUGGAAUAAACGUGAAUUUUGUGCA